AUGGCGGUCAGCUUCGCGCCCUUGACCUCCUCGCUGUCCUCCUCUGGCUCCCUGGCGGCGGGCGCGGCGGUGGAUUCGGCGGCGGGCGCCUCGUCCUCGCUCGCUCGAACCAUCGUGGAGCGAGACCCAUCGCGGUUGGCGGCCAUCAUCGCCGUCUUGAGAGCCCCUGGGGUGGUGCCGAUGCGAACGGCGCUCGGGGCUCGGACGACGGAGACGACGCGGGUCCUCGACGAGGACGCGGCGCGGCAUCCCGCGAUGACGGCGGUGUUGUGGAGGACGAAGGUGGACAUCUCGCGGUGGGAUGUGCCGCGCGGGUGCUGA